UGAUACUGGCUGGAUGUAAACGCCAUAACGAGACGCGCCGCCUUGCCGUUCGAACGCGUCGGAAAAAUAAAUUCAAAUAUCCGAACUUUUGUUACGUCUAUUCGAGGUAUUUUAUCAUUCAAGUUUUAAUUGAUAAAGUGAGUGAAGUUGGAACUUUGCAAAAAUGGAGGGCUGCGGAAUGAAUUGUAUAAAAUACCUGUUGGUUGUCUUCAACGGGAUUUUUUUGAUCUUCGGCAUCGUGAUCAUUGCAGCAGCAUGUGUGGACAUGGGCAUGAUCAAGGGCUUCUCCGGGAUGGAGGCGUCAGGUCACGAGACUGACGCCGUCCUGAUCGCCAUUGGCGUUCUGAUCAUCGUUGUUGCCGCUUUCGGCUGCUUCGGAGCUUGGAAGGAGAGUCCGAAGCUGCUUUAUAUUUUUGCCGGCUGCCUGAUCAUCAUCAUUCUCCUGGAGCUCUCCGUGGGCAUUGCUGCUGCCGCCCUCCGUCCACAGAUCGAAGGCACCAUGAAGACCCAGCUCCGAGCGUCCUUCAUCAAGAACAAGUCAACUCGCGAGGAGGAUUCUUCUUAUAGGGAAUUCUGGGAUCGCAUUCAGUCUACUCUGGAAUGCUGCGGCGUCACCGGCCCAGACAACUACGCCAACUCGGAGCCCCGCCUCAACCCCUCGUUCAGCUGCUGUCCCCCCGCCCAGGGCUCCGAUAGUACUUCCCCCGAGAUCUACCGGUCCGACUGCAUCUCCUCACAGAAGUACUACACGGAAGGAUGCGAAGAUAAAGUCCUCACGACUGUACACAGCGCCGGGAUGACUGUUAUUGUGUGUGGCAUCCUGUUUUGCUUCUUGGAGGUUGCCGGAAUCAUCCUUGCAUUAUGGCUGGCGCAUGCUAUAAAGACCCAGGGAAAAAGCCGGGAAACAGCUUAGAUAUUCUUCUAAGACAAAAUCUAGAUUUUAGACAUAGCAAGUUGCUAUACUUUGUAAGCUGCACUCUACUUGUAAGUUACGUUAGGUAUUUAUUUUUAAUUUAUACAGGGAGCUACAAUCACAUUUCACAAAUUAUGAAAAAAAUAGCUUAUAAAAAUCGUCGCUGGUAGUCAGUUUUGUCUUAUGAAAAAAUAUAUAUUCAUAUUUUUUUCUGAAUAGGUGAAUUAGUACCGCAAAAAAUUGAUUUUGUUGACAUCAAAUUAAGACUUCAUACGAAAAAUAUUAUUAGGUGUAAGUACAUUUUUUAUAAUUUACUUGUCUGCCGACAUCACAUAUUUUCCAUAAAUAAAACAAAUAAUGUUAUUAAAAAAACGUCCAGUUCAACACGCACUUUCAAUUUGAUAUGAUUCAAAAAAUAUUGUCACCCUAAUGAAUGAGUUGAGUCAGUCAGUAUUAUUUUCUGAGUGUGCAUUAAAUGUAGAAAGAGGCAAAUCUUAUUUUAUCUCCAUAAUAUUUGAUAAAGUAUUAAAAAUAGAUUAAUGUUAACAAUUAUCGCGAAAAUGCACUGAAUUUGUUAUUGGUGCUCUGUCUAUAUUUGAGACAUAAUAAUAAUAAUUUAUUUUACAAAAAUGUAUUAUCACAAUUAUUAUAAUUACGUAAUUUUUUUACGCAUUUAGUUUUAUAAUUAUUUAAAUAGAUGAAGUGAAAUUAAGACAAUGAAAAAUACCAUGUACCUAGUCUAAGAAAUAACAGAUAGAAUGUAACCAAAAAUCCACUAAACACCAUUAAUAUUGUCUUGGUACAAACAAAACCAAAGCUACAUUCUGUUUCUGAGUUAUUUUAAAUUAUACCAUAGCUUUAGUGUUGCUAGCUGUAGUGGUAUUAUAAGUGUAAAUAAAAUACGCUUGUCUUUUAAAUGAAUGAGGAUAAAACUAGAAGCUCAAAUGUAGGUGACAGCACUGUUGUAUCUCCCUAAUUUUUGACAGUUCUCCGUACUGUUACUGUCUAGAUAACAUUCGUGAUAAAUUACUAUAAAAUGUGGACCAACGUGGAGUGUAUCCCGUCUGAAGGUUGAGUUACGAAAAAGAAAAGCAGUUUCGAUUGAAAAUAUUAUUUCUAAGCUUUCUUUUUUCCGAACUUUAGGGAAUAAACAUUAAUACAAUUAUUUUGCAGCAAAGGUUAAAAGGUUAUAGUAUAAAAAUAUAACCAAAACAACUUUUCUUUUAAUUAAAGCACAUAAUAACGGGUUCUUACCGCGUUUGAAUGGGGAUAUGAGCAUGCAACAGCACUUGCAGUAGUGUCGAAAUAUCGGGAGUCUCAUAUCCCCAUUUAAAAGCGGUAAGAACCCGUUAUUAUGUGCUUUAAUUAUGAUAAUAACCGCGUAAACUUAAAACAACUUUUCUUUUUAUUUAAAUAAUAUGGGGAACUGACAAAAUUUUAGGACAAUCAACAGUAGCGACACCUGAUGAGAGAAAUAGGUAGUUUUUAUCCUCAUUCACAUCAAUAUAAAAACUGCGUUACGGAAAACAUAAUCCACAUAUGUCUCUGAUCUUUCGUACGUAGUUGUCGUCCUGUGUAUUAUUGUUGAUGUGGACUUGGCUUUAGAUUUGUCCCAUUUAAUGUUACCAGUAUGAUUGCCAUACUUUGGCAUUUCCUAGUCACUAAUUUUUAUUAACUAAAUAACUUUUAAAGCCGUUACUUAUCUCUGUUAAAAAUAAUAUUACUUACCUAUUUUUUUUUAUAUAUAAGAAAUAUGUAAAUUUUCUAUCGUAUUUACAUUUUACGUUUACUAUCAUUCAUAAAUAUAAUAAUUUAUAAUAUUGAAUAUAACAUUAAAAUAUCUCUAUAUUUCUUUAUCUAUGUAUAUGAAAGAAUUGUAACUAAAUACUAAAUUAAUUAGGUAUUUCAUCCCACCUAGAUGUUUUUAUAUUUGUUAUUGAGUUUUUCACAAAUGAGAUUCAUUAAU